AUGUCCCAAGGAGGACGAGGAGGCUUUAAUCGUGGAGGAGGUGGCAGUUGGGGUGGAAGAGGGGGAGGAGGACGCGGUGGAGGACGUGGAGGUUUCGGUGGAGGUUUCGGUGGAGGACGUGGAGGUUUCGGUGGAGGACGUGGAGGUUAUAACAGAGGAGGCUAUGACCAGGGACCACCAGAAAGUGUUGUCGAGGUUGGAGAGUUCAUGCAUCCUUGUGAAGAUGAUGUUGUGUGUAAAUGUAUAACAGAAGAAAACAAAGUACCUUAUUUUAAUGCCCCCAUUUACCUGCAAAACAAAGAGCAGAUAGGAAAAGUGGAUGAAAUAUUUGGGCAGCUGAGAGACUUUUAUUUUUCUGUAAAAUUAUCUGAAAACAUGAAAGCAUCAUCAUUUAAGAAGUUGCAAAAGUUUUAUAUAGACCCAGCAAAGCUACUACCCCUGCAGAGGUUCCUUCCUCGGCCACCUGGUGAAAAGGGUCCUCCACGUGGGGGUGGUCGCGGAGGAGGAAGAGGGGGUGGACGUGGCAGAGGUUUCAGAGGAGGUGGUGGAGGAGGAUUCCGAGGUGGACGAGGAGGAUUUGGUGGAGGUGGUGGCUUCAGAGGUAGAGGCGGAGGAGGAGGAGGACGUGGCUUCAGAGGUAAUCUAGAAGGGUCAUAUAAGUUUUAA